AUGGACAUCAUCAAUUAUUAUGCGGAUUUGGGCAUUGAAGAUGAUGCAGAUGAGGCAGCGAUCAAGAAAGCCUACCGGAAGUUGGUGCUGAAAUGGCAUCCAGACAAGCAUCCGGAGAACCGAGAUGAGGCAGAGACCCAGAUCAGAAAAAUCAACAGUGCCUACGAGGUCUUGAGCAAUCCCACCAAGCGCUCCACGUAUGAUGAUCAGCGGAGGGCGGUCAGAAGGAAGAAGCAAGGCUUCGGACCACCGCCUCCCAGCGGGGCCCCGAGAAUGAGAAUUCCAAAAGAGUUUAUGAUGAUGCCGAUAGGCUUUCCUGAUAGGUUUGUCCGCUACAAUGGCCGACGCCUUUUUGUCCACAGCAGGAAGGACGACGCAGAUUGUGAAUUCAAGACCUUCUUUGAAGACACCAAGUGGUCCCUGUGGUGGCUGCCGGAAGUGAACAACAUGUGCCGGGUGAGAGCCCUCGGGUCGAAGGCUGCUGGGGAAAAGAUGGGCGUAGCUGCUGGCCUUUGUGGGGGCUUGAACUUAUCCUUCUUCAUCGACCCAGCCAGCCCUACUGACUCAGAAGUUGGCCUGGAAGAUGCCCGAAAAGGAGAGAAAGUUGAUAAGGUGAAUUUCAUUGCCGUGACAAGUCCAUCAUAUGAAGGUGCCUUCCGAUUCGAGGCGGCGUACCGAAGAGGCUUUUACCUGACCUUCUUGCCGCCUAACCACCUUCGCGUGGCGCCAUAUGGCGAGGAUGACAGAGGUAUCGCCGACUUUGCCUUGGUGGACUUUGGGGUAAUGUUCAAGUUCAUCGAAAUGGAAGAGGUGCUGCAGCCAGCUGUGGCGGCCUACAAAGGCUGGGUCACGCUGGAGCAGCUGCGCAAGGAUCCCAAUAUUUUGCUGUACUUCAAAAACAUUCUGCAGAAGCCAGUAUGGGACAACGAGGACUUCAUCAUUUAUUUCGAGGGGCACUGGGAGACAUGGGAGUACAACAAGGAGACCCUGUCUUUGCGGCUGAGAACCAAAGAGGAGAAGCUGGCUCAGAUGCUUGCCACGGUGAAGGACAUUGAUGGUGUCUCAGCAGUGGUGGCAGGUGCCAAAGACGAGCUCCUCAAGCUGCCUCUACCCGCUGCAGCUCGGGCAUUGGUGGUCCUGGCCGCUUCCACUCACGAUGGCGAAGGGCUUGACGUGAGCAAGACCAUCAACCGCAUCGCUGCUCAGAAGAAGCUGCUUUCAAACUUAUGGAGCAUUUUGCGUUCAGCAACAAAUGGCGGCGAGGUGGUCUUGCCAAUGUUUGACUUGCUGGAUAUGGCUGACCUUGCUGGUGCCGUUGGUGGGCCUAGUGCGGCCAGCGAUUUGGUCCAUACUCGGCAGGCCGCGCAGCAGGCAGUGGCUGACAUUGUGUUCCGACAAGUCGAGCAGGACAAAUCUAAGGUGGACGUGGCGUUGCUUCCUCGAGUCCUUCGUCUUCCUGGAGUUGCGGAGAUAGACAAAUUCUUGACAACAAUGUGCCAGUCAUUUGUUGCGGAAGUAGGGCUGGAGCAAGCUCUCGAGUUUGUCAAGUCAGCCGGUCUGUCAAGCUGUGUGGAGGUCGCGAACACGUUUGCCACGUCGGCGCUCCUCAUGAUGGACACCAAGCAGCCAGAGCCGAGCACGGAGGAGCAGCUGCAAGUCCUUCGCAUCAUGGGAUCGGCUGGGGCAGCGCUAGAAGACAUUUCAGGUCGGCUUGCAGGCUUGGCUUCGGCCGCAAAGGUCGAAGAUCUGGUGGAAGUGGUGCUGGCCAUUGGGGAGCGGGGCUUCAGCUCGGACUCCUUGGCUCAGGCGACGCAAGUGCUGGCUGCGAAGCUGGCAAGCCAGCAGCUGCAGCCAGCGCGCUUGUUGGAGCUUGCAGUGGCCUCCACCAAAAGUUCAAGCCUGUCCCCAGCUGUCGGGGCUGUGGCUCGCGCUGUUGCGGCAAAUGCGGCAAGUUGGCCUGUGAGCGAUCUUGUACGUCUGCUGCUUGCAGUGGCAAAAGCAAAGAAGGCAUUGAAUCCUGAAGACAAGUCGCAGCUUCUCACAAAGGCGGCAGUCGCUCUCAAGCCUCAGCUGGGGUUCCUGCCGGCAGCAGAUGUCAUCAAGCUGGUGCUUGCGGUUGCCGGUGACGGGUGCUCUGACCUUCUGGAGGCAGCCGCCGAGGAGGCCAUUGAGCGCCGCAUCUCCGGGUUCCCCCCGGCGCAGCUGCUGGUGCUGUCGCAGGGACUGGUGGCGGGCCUUGGGGCCAAGCACAGCCUGGUCGAUAAGUUGGUUGAGUUCUGGUCGGAGACCUUGAAGGAGUGGACAAAGGGAGCUGGGGGUGGAUGGGACAGCGACGACGAAGAUGUCACCAAGCAGCGCCGCGAAACGGAGAAGAAGUCGCGGCUUUCAGCGGACCAAGUGGUGCAGCUUGCAAAGAUCACAGCUGCCGUGGCUUCAAAGCCUUUGACAGAUGCCAUAGGGGCACACCUGGUUGCCCGCGUGAAAGAGUUGACGGAAGCUGGACGAAAGGCCGUGGAUGCUCAAAUUGCAGAUGGGGCACUUGCAGCAUACUCACGCAAAGAUCGGCUGAAACGGGCAGUUGCAGCUGCUGGUGCAAGCCAAAGCCGCAGCCGAAGCCGCAGCCGCCGAAGAAGCAGAAGUAACAGCAGGAGGCGACGGAGAAGCCGAAGUCGCAGCCGCGGUCGAGACCGUGACCGCAGAUAA